GACCAGGCCCUGUAUGCCAGAGGCUACUGCUGGACAGAGCUUCGAGAUGCAGUGCCUGGCGUCGACCCCCAGCUUUGGCCCUCCUUGUUUGAGCACAAGUUUCUGCCCUAUGCUCUGCUGGCCUUCACAGGCAUCAUGUACAUACCUGCCCUGGGAUGGGAGUUCCUGGCCUCCACUCGGCUCACCUCUGAGCUCAACUUCCUCCUUCAAGAGAUCGACAACUGCUACCACAGGGCAGCCGAGUGCAGAGCGCCCAAGAUUGAGAAGCAGAUCCAGUCCAAGGGGCCGGGGAUUACGGAACGUGAGCGACGGGAGAUCAUCGAGAACGCAGAGAAGGAG